AUGAUGAUGAUGAUGAUGAUGAUGAUGAUGAUGAUGAUGAUGAUGAUGAUUUCGGAUGAUGAUGAUGAAGACGAUGAUUCGGAUGAUGUUGAUUCGGAUGAUGAUGAUGAUGAUGAUGAUUCGGAUAAUGAUUCGGAUGAUGAUGAUGAUGAUGAUGAUGAUGAUGAUGAUUCGGAUAAUGACGAUGAUGCGGAUGAUGCUGAUUCGGAUGAUGAUGCUUCGGAUGAUGAGGACGAUGAUGAUGAUGAUGAUUGGGAUGACGACGAUGAUGAUGAUUCGGAUGCUGAUGAUGAUGAUGAUGAUGAUGUUCCGCAUGGUGAUGAUGAUGAUGAUGAUGACGGUUGA